GAUAUCGCGGGGAGCGCUGCAGCAGAGCCUCGAUGAGCGGAUCUUCACCCCCUCGGCGGUGUCUGCUGUCUAUAGCACGGUUGCAGCACAGGUAGCGAGACAGCCAGGGCCUCCAGCCCCCUCUCCAUACUCUACACAUGACUUAACCAAGGGUCACCCAAACCUGGCUGCCACCCCUCCUGGACAUGCCUCAUCCCCCGGAUUGUCACAGGCUUCGUACGUCUCUGGACAGAAUGCCGCGGCGCCCACGCUGGUCUAUCCUCAGCCUCCGCAGACGAUGAGCACGCAGCCUCAGACCCGCUCUCCGUUUGCCGCUGGACCUCGGCCAACACAUCACCAGGGAGGAUUCAGACCCAUCCAGUUUUUCCAGAGGCCGCAGAUACAGCCUCCCCGUGCAGCCAUUCAGAACAGCAAUCCUUCCAUCCGACCGGGAGCACAGACGCCGACGGCCGUUUAUCAAGCCAACCAGCACAUCAUGAUGGUCAACCAUCUGCCAAUGCCAUAUGCAAUGCCGCAGGGUCCGCAGUACUGUCUACCGCCGUACCGACACGGAGCUCCUCCGUACGUGGGACCCCCCCAGCAGUAUCCGGUACAGCCUCCCAGUCCAUUCUACCCGGGCCCUGGCUCUGGGGAGUUCACUAAUCCCUACGGAACAGCGUUCUACCCCAGUCAGCCCGUGUACCAGUCAGCGCCCAUCAUAGUGCCUCCGCAGCAGCAGCAGCAGCAGCAGCCUCCACCUCCCGCCAAGAGAGAGAAGAAGACGAUCCGAAUAAGAGAUCCCAACCAGGGAGGGAAAGACAUCACAGAGGAAAUCAUGUCUGGGGGCAGCCGGAACCCAACGCCGCCUAUCCUGCGACCCAGUUCUACACCAACGCCACCUCAGCAGCUGCCUAGCCACGUUCCAGAGCACAGUCCGGGGAUCUUUGGGACUGUGGAAAGCUCCCAUCUCAGCGCCAGCAUUCCCGCGACCGCUGCCAGGGAGCCCAAAACAGAGGAGAAGCCAAAACCAGAUCCUGUAUUAAAGUCUUCUCCUCCCCCGUGCGUUCGGCCUGAGGUUGGAGACACCAGGAAGUGUAGCGGACCGGAGCAGCUGAUGGAUGAGACUGAGCUCACGCACGCAGCAUGCCUCUUGCCGCUUGUAGCAGCAGCUCCAGUUGCAGCGCCCGGCUCUCCGGCAUUUCCCUGUCUUCUGGAGGACACUAGUGAAAGUGACAGCGCGCUGGAGGAGGGAGGUUCUCCGGCCAUGGAAAUUCUCCCGGAUGCCACCGCAGAUGAGAUUGAGGAGGACCUAUGCAAGGAUCGUCUGGGGCUGCCGGUUCCCUCUGACAUUCUAGCGACUGCAACCACUUUGUCUGCUCAGGAAAUAAAUGGCAUAAGCUAUGAAGUGACUACAAUGGACGAUAUAUUGGGGGAAAAGAUGAUGGGGGACAUGGUCUCAUCAGAAGUGCCAGAGUUGGCUUCACCAUCUCCCACGGACAUUGAAUCCCCUUCAAACGUGCCUAUCUCUUCCCCAGCGCUCUCGGUCUCGCCGCAGCCAGAGUCUCCUCCACCUCCUCUCAUAGCUGCUCUCUGUACCACUAAAACCUCUCCUCCUGCUGCCGGUCUCCCACACGUGGGCCAGGAGGACGUAGAAGAGGAUCUGGACUCCAGAACUUCCAUCAUAGAUAGUGCGGAAGGCUUCACAAACACAGGACCGUUGGAAGCAGAGACUGAGCUUGAGUGUAGCGUGAAACUUCUGAGCUUCACCUCAAGAGAAAGCCCAGUGGAAGCCCACACAGUGGCAGCUGCACCAAAGACGAGGCAUAAACCCAAAGAUGGAGGCCCAGACGUGGAAGAGACAUUACAGCCAGAGGAAGAGCCACAGGAUGAAGACGAUGUGUUAGAGGACAGGCCCGCACAGCUCGAGCAGAUGAGCGUCACCGGUCCAUACCUUACCAUUGCCAAACCGCUGGAGGAGAACGGUGAGGCCGAGCCCGUGCGCAAUGGGACAGAUUCUGUGUCUGAGUGCGAAGCGGCAGACGUCCCGUCGGGACCGGCAGAGGGUAUAACGUUCCCCUAUAAACCAGGAGGCCUAGCUGAGAAGCCCUCUGAAACGCAGCCGGAUGCCGUGCCGGUGCCGCUUGCCCCUGAGCAGUCUGAGGGGAAGAGACAGUACGACCGCGACUUUCUGCUGGGCUUUCAGUUCAUGCCGGCCUGUGUUCAGAAGCCGGAGGGCCUUCCCCCCAUCAGCGAUGUGGUCCUGGACAAAAUCAAUCAGCCAAAACUACCCUUAAGGACCCUGGAUACACGAAUGUUGCAGAGGGGGCCAGAUUUCACCCCUGCCUAUGCCGAUUUUGGGCGGCCAGCACCAGGAGGUCGAGGGGUACCUUUACUGAAUGUAGGCCCAAGGCGCUCGCAGCCAGGCCAGCGGCGGGAGCCCAGGAAGAUUAUCAUGAACAUUUCUGUAACAGAUGAUGUCCAUCUGAAGAAAUCCGAGAAUGCCUGGAAGCCCAGUGUGAAGAGAGACAGUAUGCCCGAAGACCCAGAAAACCUCAAAACUCAGGCUCUCUUCCGUAAGGUCCGGAGCAUCCUAAACAAACUGACACCGCAAAUGUUCAACCAGUUAAUGAAGCAGGUGACCGACCUCACAGUGGACACUGAGGAGAGGCUUAAAGGGGUCAUCGAUCUCGUCUUUGAGAAAGCAAUUGAUGAGCCCGGCUUCUCGGUGGCGUAUGCCAACAUGUGCCGAUGCCUUGCCACACUAAAAGUGCCGAUGGCCGACAAGCCCGGAAGCUCUGUAAAUUUCCGUAAGCUGCUAUUGAAUCGAUGCCAGAAGGAGUUUGAGAAAGACAAAGCCGAUGACGACGUCUUCGAGAAAAAGCAAAAGGAUCUGGAAUUGGCUAAAACUCCAGAGGAAAAGUCACGACUUCAAGAUGAGCUGGAGGAAGCCAAGGACAAAGCCAGACGGAGGUCCAUUGGGAACAUAAAGUUUAUCGGGGAGCUUUUCAAGCUGAAGAUGUUAACUGAAGCCAUCAUGCACGACUGCGUAGUAAAGUUACUCAAAAACCACGAUGAAGAAUCCCUGGAGUGUUUGUGCCGGCUACUCACGACCAUCGGCAAGGAUCUGGACUUUGAGAAAGCCAAGCCGCGCAUGGACCAGUAUUUUCAUCAGAUGGAGAAGAUCGUAAAAGAACGAAAGACGUCGUCAAGGAUACGCUUUAUGCUGCAAGACGUAAUAGACCUUAGAAUGUGCAACUGGGUGUCCCGCAGAGCAGACCAGGGGCCCAAAACCAUCGAGCAGAUUCAUAAAGAGGCCAAGAUUGAGGAGCAGGAGGAGCAGCGGAAAGUCCAGCAGCUAAUGACCAAAGAGAAGCGAAGGCCAGGGGUUCAGAGAGUGGAGGAAGGUGGCUGGAACACUGUGCAAGGGGCAAAAAACAACCGUGUGUUGGACCCAUCCAAGUUCCUGAAAAUCACAAAGCCUACCAUAGAUGAGAAGAUUCAGCUCGUGCCGAAGGCUCAGCCUGGCAGCUGGGGAAAGGGAAGCAGCGGAGGAGCAAAGGUCAGCGAGACGGAAUCCUUGCGGCCGGGGGCCCCGAGCCUAAACAGAUUCUCUGCUCUUCAGCAAUCUGUAUCGCCAACCUCAGCCCCUGGGAGUGUGGAACUAGAUCCCCGCAGGACUUUGACCAGCCGAGGAAGCGCUGGCCGAGAGAAGAACGACAAGCCGGCCGUCCUGGCCACAGUAUCAACUGCUACGCGGCCCGGCAAUUUCGUCCGGGGCAGUAGCAGCAGCAAAGAGUUAAUAGACAGUCAAGAAGAGCUAAGAAGAGAAACGCUCCAGACUGUGAAGCAGCUGAUGAGCAGCGCGGAGCUGGAAAAGAACCCACCAGCCGAGCGUAGAAACAAAGACCCAGCAGCUAAGUCUGAACCUCCUGAGCCUGAUAAAUCCGAGACUCCAGACCCGGACAAGUCUCCCCCGUCAGAGGAAGAGAUGGAGCGGAAGUGCAGAGCCAUCAUCGACGAGUUUCUCCAUAUUAAUGACUUCAAGGAAGCCAUGCAGUGUGUGGAGGAGCUCCGGGCCACUGGCAUGCUUUCAGUAUUUGUGAGGGUUGGUGUGGAGUCCACCCUAGAGCGGAGUCAAAUCACAAGGGAUCACAUGGGGCAUCUCCUGUACCAGCUGGUGCAGUCGGGCAAACUCGGCAAACAGCACUUCUUCACAGGUUUUUCUGAGACUCUGGAGCUGGCGGAUGAUAUGGCCAUCGAUAUCCCGCACAUCUGGCUGUACCUGGCGGAGCUGGUGACUCCCGUGUUAAAAGAAGGCGGCAUCUCUCUGAGAGAGCUGAUAGUAGAGUUUGGCAAAGCCCUGGAGCCUGCGGGACGCAGCGGGGUCUUGUUGGCUGAAAUCUUGCACCUUCUAUGCAAACAAAUGAGCCAUAAGAAAGUGGCCACUUUGUGGAGAGAAACUGGCUUAAAGUGGAAGGACGUUCUGCCUGAAGGCCAGGAUGUUCCGAGCUUUGUCAGUGAGAAGAACUUAGAAUUCACGUUGGCUGACGGCUCUGGCCCAUCGGAAAACCUGUCCAAGAAGGAGGUGUCGGCAGAGGAGCUGAGUCAGCGUCUGGAGCAGCUCGUUAUAGAAGAGAAAGCAAACGAUGAACAAAUCUUUGACUGGGUAGAGGCCAACCUAGAUGAAUGCCAGAUGAGUUCACCUACAUUCCUUAGAGCUUUAACGACCGCAGUGUGCAAAGCGGCCAUUCUAGGGGACUGUUCUUCCUGCCGUGUGGACACUACCUUUCUGAAGCAGAGGGUUCCGGUUUUGUUGAAAUACAUGGACUCUGAUACGGAGAGGGAACUACAAGCACUUUAUGCACUACAAGCAUUGAUAGUAAAACUUGAUCAGCCUCCCAAUUUAUUGCGCAUGUUUUUCGAUUGCCUCUAUGAUGAGGAGGUCAUUUCAGAGGAUGCCUUCUACAAGUGGGAGAGCAGCAAAGAUCCCGCGGAGCAGAAUGGGAAGGGAGUGGCUCUGAAGUCUGUGACGGCCUUCUUUACGUGGCUGCGAGAGGCAGAGGAGGAGUCAGAGGACAACUAGAAACUUUAAUCAAAUGACAUUAUACAGACCCUGCGCGGCCUCUCACAGAAGGCGAGGGCCUCCUUCAGCAUCUUUAUAUACAUUUUUUUUUUUUUCUUCUUACUGUUUUUUUUUUCUUCCAUUCCCGUCUUUGCCAAUCAGGGUAAAAGCUGGUAAACACAAGAAAAGGGGAGGGGGGAGUGAAAGAAAAGAGAUUGAGGGUCACCGCGGUCAGGGUUGGGAAAGGGCUGUCCGCGCUGGCGGAUCAUGGAGAAGUGGAGGCUUCAAAAGAACGGGGGAAAUAAAACCCCCGCAUGCGGUGGGAAGGGACCUCCAUGAACUAUUUAUAUAGGUAAAUAUUUGUUUUAAAUCCCCGCCCACCUUUUAUUUUUUUCAUUUUUUUUUUUUUAAACAAAAACCAGAAUAAAAGACUUGCCCUUAAAUAAAAGUACAGAUCAUUUCAGAAGCAAAUAAUUUAUUACGUACAGACUCUAUAAGUCCCUUUUUCUUCCCCUUUAAUUUGGGGUCUGUAAGAUGCAUCUUAGGUGAGUUGGAAGGUUUCUCCCUCGCAGCGUCCCCCGCCUUUCACAUGGAAAUGGAGUAACGGUAUGACGGUGCGGGAGGUCUUACCGCAGUAACUGGAAACGGAUUGCUCCGUGCCCCCUUUAAAAGUCCUCUUGCGUUGCUAUGGUUAGCUGUAAGUAAAUAAUGGGUUAUUGGAUCACAAGUGCUGAUCCGCGGUGGCAGGGAGAAUAGUAAAGCUCUGGCGAUGCCGGUACCGGGUAUGUAGCCGAGGCUCUGUGUUGGCGGGAGGUGGCCGCACACUGAUGGUUUUCAGCCAAGCACUGUGAUGUCCUGCGAACCGAUUGGCUGCAGCCUGAUGCCUAUAGCCCCCUGCUAAGAGAUCCCACCCUUACUCACACUAUGAGCCCCAUGGAUGUAUAUCACCAUUAACCCUUCAAGCUGUGACAGUGCAUUGAUUUGCUCACCUUGCUAGCAGUCAAAUAAUAAAAUUGGGGAGGGGCAAAAAGGAGGUACCGAUCCAUGGCGCACAAGGGACGAGGUGGGCCUGUGUGGGGUCAGUCUGUGAAGUGUGGUGGGAGGGGCUUGUCUGCCGACCCGUGGAGGAGCGGAUGCCUGUGAUUGGCCGCAGGGCUGCUCGUCAGAUGCUUUUCUCUUACAUUGUAUUUCUAUUCAUUUUAGCCUCUGGUUUCCUAUGGAAAAAAAGGCUAAUAAAAAAUCCCGCACCCUGU